AUGUUGCACAUUUGGGAAUCAGUUCCACACACGGAAUCAGUUCCUACGAUUCCGGAAUUCACCCAAAGCGAUUCUGCAAUCGAUGCACACAAUUCCGUGGAAUUCCGGAAUUCAUUGAACUUGUAUUUAUCUGGUAUUAAACCUCAAUGGUUAAUUAGUAAUUUAAAAAAUACCGGUGUUUCAACAGGUGAAGUGACACUUCAUGAAGUCCUUGCUAAAUUAAAAGAAACUUUCGGAGAUGCAUUUUUAUUUUGGCUUGGACCAUAUCCUUCAAUAAUUCUUUCACGUAUUGAAUAUGUUCAACAUGUGUUAACCGAUCGACAUACUUAUGAUCAAGCUACAAGUACAGCAAGUAGUUUUGGUACUCUUUUUCCAUCAGGUUUGAUCACUUUACGAGGUGAAACAUGGAAACGUCAUGCACGAUUUAUACUUCCAAUGUUUAAACGAGCAAAAAUUUUACCUUAUUUCAAUAAAAAAAUUGUAAAUUGUAUUGAUCGAUUAGUUGAUGAACAAUUUGUUAAACAUGAUGGAGAAAUUCAUAGAGUUCUUGUUGUACAAUAUCAAAAUGUUCUGUUGAAUGUCAUAGCUUUUGAUUAUUCAUAUUUCUUUGUGAUUUGUCGAAAAACUAUCAGAUAUCAGUGCAAAAGUCGGAGGAGACAAAUUAAAUAA